AUGUCCGCUAAAGCCCUCUUGAUCUGUGACAUCCAAAAAGGCAUCCUAGGCCGCAUCACUACUGCCUAUUCCGAGGAGGUCACAAAGUCUUACGUAUCGCUGCUUGCGUCGACCAUCAAGUCAGCCCACGCCGCCUCCGUCCCAGUCAUCUAUGUCAAGACCGCCUUUCGAACCGGGUACCCCGAGACGGGGAACCGAAAUCCGACGUUCUCGCGAGUCCAAGGUACAGGACUUUUCCUCGAAGGACAUGAGAGUGCAGAAAUUGACCCGAGUGUUAUCAUAAAUGACGGAAAUAGAGAAGAAGAGAUCGCUGUUGUUACCAAGAGGCGUGUGUCGGCCCUCUACGGAACCGACCUGGAUGUCCUCUUGAAAGGCAUGGGGAUUAAAGAGAUCGUCAUGGCAGGGUUGGCAACUAGUGGAGUUAUCCUGAGUACGCUGAGGCAGGCUUCCGAUCUGGAUUAUGACAUUGUGGUGUUGAAGGACGGCUGUAUGGAUACAAAUGAAGAGGUGCAUACAGUGCUCAUGGAUCUGGUCUUUCCAAAGCAGGGACGCGUGUUGCUAGCUGGGGAUUGGGUAAAGGAGAUUUUCGGCGGUGGGGAGAAGCAGUGA